AUGCCCUCGCACCUGAGUGUGGAACAUAUUACAAACACUCUCGUACAGCCCGCUCACUACACUGCAUCUCUCGCCAGCGCCUUGGCCGCCUUCUUCCUGUUGCUCCGGAUCAUCACCACGCUGAGGAACGACCCGACCACCGCACACCCUACUAGCACUAGCAUCACGGGAAUGCGGAUCGCCCACACGCGCGGCGGGAAGAAGUUUUGGAGAGGGUGGUCGGAAGAGAAGCGCGACGCAGCUAAAAUGGCGUCGGCCGAUACAAUGUCGCCCGCUCGCCGCCACCUCGACGAUCGGUCGGCCAACCCGCGCCCUCGAUCACCACCGCGCCGCGACCGCUCUCCAUCCUCACGCGGCAGUAUGCCGCCUACCAGGAACCGCUCGCCGCCCGCUAGAGACCGCUCCCCUCCGCCGCGAAGACGGUCUCCUCCCGCACGUCGCGAUGGCGCAGACAAUUACCGUCCAGCAAGGAAAGAGCGCACGCCGCCGCCGGCCGCUCCCGUCAUGACAGAGGCAGAGAAGCUUGAUGCCGCCAAGGCCGAAUACCAGAAGCUGCUCAAUUUGCGCAGCCAGGGCGUGUACCUGCCGCCCCAGAAGCUGCGCGCCUUGCAGGCCGCCAUCACCGACCGGUCAUCCAAGGAAUACCAGCGCAUGGCCUGGGAGGCGCUCAAGAAGUCCAUCAACGGCCUCGUAAACAAGAUCAACACGGCAAACAUCAAGUUUGUGGUCCCCGAGCUCUUCGGCGAGAAUCUCAUCCGCGGCCGUGGCCUGUUCUGCCAGAGUUUGCUCAAGGCCCAGCACGCCAGUUUGCCCUUCACCCCCAUCUACGCCUGCCUUGCCGCCAUCUGCAACACCAAGCUGCCCCAGGUCGGCGAGCUGCUCGUCAAGCGCCUGAUUAUGCGCUUCCGCAAGGCCUUCAAGCGGAACGACAAGGCCGUGUGCCUCUCGUCCACCAUGUUCAUCGCCCACCUGGUCAACAACCAGGUCGUGCACGAGAUGCUCGCCGCCCAGAUCCUCUUGCUGCUGCUCCAGAAGCCCACAGACGACAGCGUCGAGAUUGCCGUCGGCCUCAUGCGCGAGGUCGGCAUGUUCUUGGAGGAGAUGUCGCCCACCAUCGCCCAUGCCGUCUUUGACCAGUUCCGCAACAUCCUCCACGAAGCCGACAUCGACCGUCGCACCCAGUACAUGGUCGAGGUUCUAUUCCAGGUGCGCAAGGACAAGUACAAGGACAACCCGGUCAUCAAGGAGGAGCUGGAUCUUAUCGAGGAGGAAGACCAGAUCACGCACCGCAUCGGGCUGGACGAAGAAAUGGAGACGCAGGACACGCUUAAUAUUUUCAAGUUCGAUCCGGACUGGGAGGCCAACGAAGCCGAGUACAAGAAGCUCAAGGCUGAGAUUCUGGGAGAGGGGAGCGAGGACGAAGAUGAUGACGACAGCGACGAGGACGAGUCUGAAGAGGAAGAUGAGGAGCAGAAGGCUAUUGAAAUCAAGGACCAGAGCAAUGCCGAUCUUGUCAACCUCAGGAGGACCAUCUAUCUCAGCAUACAAUCGAGCGCGGACCCCCAGGAAGCCGCUCACAAGCUAAUGAAGCUUCGGCUUCCUGCCGGCCAGGAACCCGAGUUGGUGUCCAUGAUCGUGGAAUCUUGCGCGCAAGAGAAGGUCUACCUGAAGUUCAUGGGCUUGCUGGGACAACAGUUCGCCCAGCUAAAUCGCAUGUGGACUGAGCUCUUCGAAGAGAGCUUCGCUAAAUACUAUUCCACCAUCCACCGAUAUGAAACAAACAAGCUGCGCAAUAUCGCUAGGUUCUUUAGCCAUCUCCUCGCCUCGGAUUCGAUCGGCUGGCACGUUCUGUCCGUCAUCCACCUGAACGAGAACGAGACGACAUCCUCCAGCCGCAUCUUUAUCAAGAUUUUGUUUGAAGAUAUUCAGGAGAACAUGGGCGUAGAGAAGCUCAAGAAGCGGCUCAGCGAAGACAUGCUGCAGCCUAGUCUGCAGGGGAUAUUCCCCCACGGUAACCCCCGCGACACUCGUUUCUCCAUCAACUUCUUCACUUCCAUCAAGCUGGGAUAUCUCACCGAAGAGAUGCGCAGCUUCUUGGAGAACUUGCCAAAGCCUACCCUCCCGGCCGCGGCCGCGCCCGAGUACUCUGAUUCCGAGUCGGGCACGCCGUCGCGAUCGCGCUCGCGGACGCCGCGCAAGGCUGCCGGCCGUGGUCGGUCUGUCACGCGGUCCCCGCCACGUCGAGUCGCGGACAGGUCUUAUAGUCGUAGCUACACGCGGUCCGUCUCUACACGGCGGUCCAUCUCGCGAUCUCUCUCGCGCUCGCCUCCCCCACGACGAGCCGCACGCCAAGAUUCGCGGUCCAUCAGCCCUCGCCGCGGUGGCCGUGAUAGCCGGAGCCGGAGCCGGAGCCGGAGCCGGAGCCGAAGCCGAAGCCGAAGCCGAAGCCGAAGCCGAAGACGAAGCCCUGGCGACUAUUCUCGCUCACCGACACGCUCUCUCCGGUCUGACUCGCGCGCCCCGCUCCCGGCCCGGGAUCGCACGCGCUCGCCAAUCAACGGCGCUUCGAAGCGUCAGAGAGACGCGUCCUACUCGCGCAGCCCCUCUCCUCCCCCACAGCGCCGCCGUCGAAACACAUCGUCGGUCAGCGCGGCGCCUCGCAAGCCAUACACCCGCUAUAGCCGCUCGCCCUUGCGAGUGUCACGGAGAUCGCUUUCUCGGUCGCGAUCUCCACCCCGGAUCUCGGCGAUAGCAGCCGCACAAGUAGGGGCCCGGGGCGCACCCAGCAGGUACCGCCAGCGAGAUAGCCCAAGCCCACGGCCGCCCCGAGCGGGGGGAAGAGAUAGUCUCUCUCCUCCUCUCAGGGCUAGGGGUGCUCGGGACAGUCCCUCGCCUCCCCCCAGGGCUAGAGGUGCUCGGGUUAGUCCCUCUCCGCACAGAUCGGCCAGGAGAGAUAGUCGGUCGCCAUCUCCGGCGGGCAACAAGCGGAGAAGACACUACAGUAGCUCAAGAUCGCGGUCGCCGUUGCCUGCUAAGCGAGGAAGAGUUUCCAACUAG